AGUUAAUUAAAAUCAAUACAACUAAAUAAGUAUUUUUAUUUACAAAUAUAAAUGGAAUAAACUGAUAAUAGCAACAAACAAACUUAGCAAUAAGAAGAAACGAAAGAUUAUAGAAACUGCUCUUAUGAAGAAGUCAUGAAAAUGAUUGAAGAGACAAGAUUGAAUUGUUAAAGGACAAUGCAAAUUUGCAACUAAUCAAUUUAAAGUAUUGGAGAAUCUAUCAAAACGGUCAAUGAAGCAAAAUAAAAUAUCGAUGGCUUUUUCGAUUAGUACAAUUAAGCUAUGAACAGCUUGUGCGAGAAAAUUGCUGGAUCAUUCUCAGGAAUGAGUCGUUGUUUUUUAAAAAAUGAGAACACUGAUAAGGAAUUUGAAGAUUCAAGAUAAAUAACAAUCUAAGAAGGUGCAUAGCUUUUCAAAGACAAGAAAAAAGUUGUUUUUUUAACAGGAGCUGGCAUUUCAGUUGCAAGUGGAAUUCCAACAUUUAGAGGAGUUGGUGCUGCACCUCUAUUUGAAAAAGACGGUGUUACCUAUUAAAAUGAAGAAAUUUCUACUUACAAUUUUAUGAAAAACAAACCAGAUAUUUUUUGGGAAAGAAAUUUGAUAUUCUUAGGAGGUUAAUUGGGAAAGAAGUACAAUGUAUCUCACUUAAAGAUUCAAUAAUUAGUCAAUUAGUAUAAAUAAAUCAAGACAUCUUAACUUGGGAAGCAAAAUGCUUAUCAACCCUAAGCAGUAAUUGUGACAUAAAAUACAGACGGUCUUCAUUGCUAGGCAUUUAAUGAGUUAAAUCCCAGAGAAACAAAUUACAUGAACAAAGAUGAUCCUCAAUAUGGAUUUUGCCCUGAUGUAUUUGAAGUUCAUGGUAGUAAAACUUUCCUUAGAUGUGAUAAUUAAGAAUGCAAAGAUUAUGAUAAAAAGUUUUUGUACCCAUAAAAAUAUAAUUCUUACAAAGACUUCAUAUGCGAAACUUGUAAAACUUAAGCUAGACCAAAUGUGUUGUACUUUGAUGAAUCAUAUAAUGAAAAAAAUUAUAGGAUAAACACUUUGAAAGAAUUAACUUCUGAUAUGGAUCUAUUGAUAUCUAUAGGAACAUAAUUAGACACAGGAUAUGCUGCUUAAACUGUCAGUAGUGCAGUUCAAUAAAAGAUUCCAGUCAUAGAAAUAUCUUUAACACCAGUCAUAUAAAAAGGAGGUCUAACUCUGAAAGGAAAAGCAGAAGAAGUUGUACCUCAAUUAUGUGAUUUAGUAAUGGAGUUAAAUAAAUAAUAUUUGUAAAAUAAAUAAUUACCCACACCACAACAAAAAGUAGCAACUAAAUCAAUUGCUUAGAAAAGUUAAAACCCACUAAAAGAUUAAAAUUAUAAAAGUAAUAGCAGUUUACAAUCAACGAAUACCAGCAACUCUUCCAUUUCUACUAAAGUCUCAACUAAUUCUGCUAAACCUGCAGUAAAACCUCUUAAUUAAAACCAAGCGAAUACUAAAACUAAUUAAAAACCAUAAGUAAAAUAAGUCAGUUCUACAAAGCCAAAUGUUAAAAUUGGUCUAACCACAAAGGAAAAAAAGUGAAAUAAAAUAAUAAAACUAAAUAAAUUAUCUACAAAUUUUAAUAAUUAUUUAAUAAGAAAUGUAAAUAAGUAUUAGCUAUAAAUGAAUUGAUAAGAAAUUUAUUGUAAAUAUAAAUAUAUUAAUUAAUAUUUUAAUAAUAGUAAUAAUCU